CUGCUAAUUGAUUGUUGCGUCACUCAGACAGACUCAAAGAUUUUAGGGCAUUCCACGACCCCGGAAGUCAGCAUAUUUUGCUAAUACGAGCACACGCUCUGUUUUCGUCAAGGAUAAGAUUCGAAUAUAAAAGAUACCAGGCAAAAGAAAAAGUGAAGAGACCAGUAGAAAAAACGGAGAGAACAAAAACACGAAUUACUUGAAAGUGCAUAGAGAUAGAGCGAAUCUACAAAAUUCGUGUUGCCAUUGCUUAGAGAGGAAAAGGAUACCACGACUCGCACAGCUAUUCAUCAUGUGGUGUGAGAGACGAGGGUGAGGUGUGAGUGUGAGUGUAUUAUGGGGAAUCGUUGCGAGAAUCAGAAAAAACGCUUGAGACAAAAACGCCUGAAAGCAGCUGUGUAACUCAAUACUCACGACUUUGUCGAAAGAAAAAAAGUAGUCGUUGUAGGAAAAGUAUUUUUAGUAUGUCCAAAUCGCUCACAUGGAAUUCGAACGACUUCGCGAGAAUCGUUUCGAUGGAUCGGGAAAUCAUAAUUACAAAUUAGGCUUCGUGCAUGGUAUCGCGGACACUCCUGCGGAAAUCUCUGAUCAGUAUCGUCAUUUGUUACGAUUUCACUACCUCCACGAGAACCACACCUCCACUAAGCAAUUGUAGACAAGAAAGAAAUCGUUAAAGGAUGUACUCGUUAUGCUUGGCCGUAAAUAUAGCAUGUACGAAAACACAACAAGAAAUUCCAACAUACAACACGGCGUAGACAAGAUUCGUAAAAACUGGAAUUUAAUUUCCUUAUUCCAGCACUCUUCACCCCCGACGAACCCUAUACCUUUCUUUUUUUUGGCACUUUAGGCAAACGUAGACUAGUCAUAGUCUAUAUCAGUAUUGGACAGAAAUCGGUCUUCUAUUAGAUUUGAACAGAAAAUGGCCUUGCGACGAGUGGGAGCUGCCGGAAAGGGUAUUGCAUAUGCCUUCUCCUUCCAUUUUAUGAACAAGUCGUCUAGCGCGUUCCAUUUUAUGAGAAUGAGUACCACUGUGGCCAGAGAAAUAAGAAAAAAGAAAAACGUAUAAUUUUCCAGAAACUCCUCAACAAAGGAGCAACUUUAAACGUAGUUUUGUCGAAGAACAGGGAACAACGAUGGUGUUGAAUUACGCACAGUACCACUGGAAAAAAUAAGAUUAUUUUCACUGAAAAAACGCAGGCAAGCAGAAAGAGCUCACAGAAGAGCAGAAGCAGGAAAUCAAGGAGGCCUUCGAUCUCUUCGAUACGGAUGGCUCGGUAUUAUUUACUAGGAGUUAUAUCAUCACACAAUCGAGAAAAUGAAGGAAAUCUGCUACUGCGUUCUUCCUUAUCUUCAUUUAUAUAUAUAUUUAUCCACCAUGCAUGCUCUCAUCUUCAUCUCGUGUUAUAAAUGUUCCAAUAACUUCUACACCUCUUCCACCAGGGAUCCAUCGAUGCGAAGGAGUUGAAGGUGGCAAUGCGAGCAUUGGGUUUUGAGCCGAAGAAGGAGGAAAUACAGAAGAUGAUCGCAGACGUCGAUGAUGAUGGCAGCGGCAGUAUCGAAUUUGAGGAGUUUUUGAAGAUGAUGACGCAAAAGAUCCUCAAUCGCGAUCCGAAAGACGAAAUCCUCAAGGCCUUUCGCCUCUUCGAUGAUGAUGAGACAGGUAUACUUUCCCUUAAUACAACUUCUAGAAGAAAAGAAAGACAUACUGAGACUGAAAGGUGAAGAAGCUGUAGAAGGGGACACGCCAUGAUGCAACUAAUUAACUUAUACCCCGUGAAUGGGUACAUCAUCAAUCAAUCAAUCAAUCAAUCAACUUCUACAAAAUAGAGACAUGCUGAGACUGAUAGAUCUUCACUUGAGUUUGCGAGAAAUUCAAUCCAUUUUUCCUUAAGGUCUAUCUGGCUGUUUCAUUUUCGUCAACUUCUGGAAGUUGUAGAUUUUUAGCUGGUAGAAAUCGUAAGGGAAACUAUAAAUGGGUACUUUUCUUCUAGAAGUAAUUUUUGAAAUUUUUUCUGAGGAUUAUCGAGGAACGUGAUAUGCCGAGUUCGACCUUCUUUCUUUUUCUAGUGAACAAGAACCAAGACCUCAAUUAUAUGAAAUCUCUUUUUUUGGCACUGCAGUCUUGAUCCACGACAACAUCUUCACCAGGUAAAAUCUCGUUCAAGAACCUGAAGCGGGUAGCAAAAGAAUUAGGCGAGCGAAUGACUGACGAGGAGUUGCAGGAGAUGAUCGACGAGGCGGAUCGCGAUGGUGAUGGUGAGGUGAACGAGGAGGAGUUCCUCCGCAUCAUGAAGAAGACCAACCUCUUCUAA